ACAGCAAAGGUCCCAUGCUGUGAAAAUGACCCCCUUAAGGACAAGACUUUGGUAUAUAAGACGAGGGUGAACCAAGCUCUCCACAGUCCAUCCCAAACCACCAAGUCUUACGGCAAGCCUCCGAACACUACUACUACUACUACUACUACUACUACUACUGCUGCAACAUGGUGACUCAGAGGCGUGUGUUCCCCGUGUGGGUGCUGCUGCUGGCCGCCUCGCUCCUCGCCCAGAACUCGGUCGUGUCCGGCGCCUACUCCGACCCCCCGCUGUACAAGCUGUGGCCCGGCACGCAUCGGGAGUUUGAGCACUACAAGUGCACGGGAGAAUUCCACAAGGCAAACCGCGAACACUACAGCGUGCUGCGGAAGGUGUGCGAGGACUGCACGAACGUGUUCCGCGACAACAGCCAGAUCCUCCCAGAGUGCAUGAGCAACUGCUUCGACAACUACACCUUCCUGUUCUGCGUGAAGCACACCCUGCGCAGCGACCGCCUCAAGGACUACUUGGAGAGCAGGGACGAGAUCACCGUUUAAGGACCCCCCCACCCCACCCCCCGGCCGCUGCUCCCUCACACUGGAAGGAGGAGGCGCCGCGACAACGCCGACACUGACUGAUCCUGCCCACGAGUCACCAGACCUCUCUAUAUACACAAUGACUAAGCCUUUUGUUGCUGUCGCUUGUUUCUGUAAUGACUGAGCAGUUAACUGAGUGUCUGUGGUUCACAUGUAUCAACUUUUUAGUGAUGAGCCUCCACCCCUGUCCUCUGAACCACACACUGGUCACUAUUGCACAGUCCACCACUCCUGGAAGACUCUCACAUUGUUCCUGAUGCCAGCAGUAAAGUUAAAGCAAUUACCAA